AUGUCUCACCAAGGAGCUGCACUUCAGAACUAUAAUAAUGAACUUGUUAAAUGCUUUGAAGAGCUUUGUAAGAGACGAGAAGACUUACAGCGACAGAUUCAACAAGAUGAAACUGAACGCGCUAAACUUCAAAGGGAGAUAAAUGUUCUCAAUGAUAAGCUUACCAGAGUAAAUGAAUCGUUGGAGAAAAAACUAUCCACACGGAAUGAGUAUGACAGAACGAUCGCAGAGUCUGAGGCAGCUUAUAUGAAGAUCCUGGAAAGUUCUCAGACUCUUUUAACUGUCCUAAAAAGGGAAGGUCAAAAUAUUGUCCAAAAGGCAACGGCGAAAAAUGUUCCGUUUUAG